UGGAGCCAUUACAAUGCGAUCAUUCUUGGCCAUUUUUAGAUUCCAAAUAGAGAUCAUCUAUGAAACUGAUGCAUUGUGCUUCAUGUAUAAAGAAGUCCAGUCCAUCCGGCUUUCAGGAUGAUGUUUUUGAAUAUCUCACAUUCAGCCUCUAACUCAAUUCAUUCCAUUCAAUAUCUUACCAGCCGGUCUGUUUUUCCCGCGUUCCUUGACGGCACGUUCAACUUGAUAUCCAACCUUUCUUUCUCAACCACAAUCAUGAAGGUCUUCACCAUCAUCACCUUGGCAGUCUCUGCCGUUGCGGCCCAAAGCUGCGUUCUCAAGUGCAAGAGCGGUCCUCAGGGCGGAAGCGACGUCACCGGUACCUGUUCUUCGCAGGGUGUGACCUGCACCCAACCCUCAGGCGGCCUUCAAUGCAAGCUCGGCUUCCCGUCCUUCACGCCGCCGUCGCAAUGUACUUUCUGCACAUGUGCGCCGCCUUCAUGAGUUUGAUUGUUGAGGGCGAGCAAUGGUGCAACACAUCCAGGAUGUGUUGACCAGAGAUGAAGUUUGGGUCAGCGGACAGCCUGGAUCAGUGCUUCCUUUGAUCAGAGGGAAGUUUCUGCGAGGGUAUGAAAUGAGAAUGGUCAUAGUUUCUACAAUUUAGCGGCUUAGAUACUGGACAAGAGCUCCAGCAAAUCCAGAGGCGUUGACUCAAUGGUCUGAAUGAAC